AUGUCACAGGCCAGCCAGGACAAUAACGACAAGAACUACUUUGAGGAUGAACUCAAUGAAGAAAAUGUGAUUUUAACGCUGGUCCCAGUUACAGAGGAGCCUGACACCGAGCAGCCUAUGGAACCUUUGAAUGUUUCUUCAAGCAUAGGCCUCACGCCACCAGUUCCCCCUCUGCCAACUUCUCAGCAACCUGAACCUCCUAGAAAAUUCAGACCAGGGAACCCUCCGCCUGCCACUCUGCCACCUAUUAAUAAUGUGUCCCGAAACACUCUUCGGGAAUGGUGUCGCUAUCAUAACUUGAGUACGGAUGGCAAGAAAGUUGAGGUUUACUUGAGAAUCCAGAGACAUUCCUAUUCUGAACAAAAAUGUCACAUUCCUGACACAUCUCUUGAGGCCAGAAUGAAGCCAGCUCCCAAGAGACCCAAGAUCUCCAUUACCAGAGCGCCCACAAGCUCUAAGAGCCAGAAGCAAAGCGAGAGUGGUGUAGUGGAAGUUCUAACUUCAGCUCGGGAGUCCGUGUUUGCAGCCUGGGGAAAAAUUGCCAUGAAAGCAUUUCAGCCUAAGGCUGUGAAUUGCCGUCCACUUCCUCAAUCAGUAGGGGCCUUUCUGUCCGAAGACAACGGAUGCAGAUGGUGUGUUGUCCACGGCAAACAUCUCCCUGCAGACAGGAAAGGCUGGGUUCACCUACAAUUCCACGCUGGUCAGACCUGGGUUCCAGACACUCCGCAAAGGAUGAUUUCUCUCUUCCUGUUACCAGCCUGUAUUUUCCCAGCACCAGGUGUGGAAGACAAUCUGCUGUGUCCUGAAUGUGUCCAAAGCAAUAAGAAGAUGAUGAGAAAUCUUACAAGUGAAGGAAAGAGGAACAGUGCAAAGAAGAACACUGACCUACCUCUACAUAUACCCCCUCAGACAAGUCAAGGUUUUGUUCUGACCUGAAAGGGUUGGAAGAACGAAAGAGAAGCAGUCUGUGUUCCCUAUAAUGGUGAGGAAUACUGGACAUCUUGUCUUCAGAAGGCCCUCCUCCUGCUACUAACAGUACAGUGGAGAGUGCAUACAAAUCAACAUCCGUCUAAUAACACCUUGCUGACUUCUAAAGUCUUUGGCAUCUCAUCAUGGCUUUAUGUUGGACUUGGUUAAAGGCUUAGCUAUUUAGGAAAUGAUUGUUUUAAUGGGUUGGUUUUGCUGCACUUUUUUCACAGGGUUUUUUCCACCCCUGGGGAGGAGGGGUAUGGUUAGCAGAAACAAUUUCAAAUUA